AUGUCCGCCCUCCAAACGCGCAAACCCGCCGCAUCGGCAAACAAAGUCCCAACAAUCCAAAGCCUGAAGGAGACAGGGCGGUCCAUCUCCUAUAAUGCAACCCCCGAAGAGCACGACGUCCCGCGGACCGACGAAAAGAAUACAAUCGACCAGGCGCGCUGCGACCAGAUGCUCAAGGCGUCGCUGACGGAGAUGCUGAAUUCGGGAGAAGUCAAGUCCGAUGCGCGCGGGCGCAAAGUGCAGAAUCUGCUCAUGGAGACGCAGAAGGAUCUUAGGAAGCAGCGGCGGCAGAGUCUGGGUGAGCCUCGGGCCAAAGCGGCGUUGGAGGUUAUGGAGGCGAGGAUGAAGUCCAACCCCCCGCCUCUCCCCAGCGUCGCACGCCUCGCAUCCUCAACCCCCGAAGCAACCCCAGGCCCCUCCACAAACGCCAAAAACCCCCUAUCCAGCGGCGGCGACAGCCAAUCCAUCAAUCUGUCGCGCGGCAAAGAAGCCCGAUCAUCCGACACGGCCGACACACGGUCAACGCAGUCGCCGAUCUCGUCACAGCCGGGCGAGAUCAAGAGUGCGGCGCACGAGGGCGAGGAGCAGACGAGUGCCGAUGCGCAGAUUAAGAAUGAUCCGCGUGAAAGCGACGAGACUAAACGGGCGAAUGUGGAGAAGGCGGGGAGGAGGAAGUUGGGGCCGGAGGAUGAUUAG